AUGAUGGUUGCUUGCUUUCCUCGACGUCGAAGACCAAGCUCUACAAAUGCAGAUGCUUACUCAAGCACAUCAGCAAGUGGUCAAGUAUCAGCACGACAGAGUCGAGCUUCGGCAUUACCAACAAAAGAAUAUAAACUGGUCAUAUUGGGUGGCGUAGGCGUUGGAAAGAGUUCCUUGACUGUUCAAUUCGUUCAUUCGAGCUUCCCAGAACGCUACGACCCGACAAUAGAGGAUUCAUAUCGAAAACAAGCAGAAAUCGACGGCCAGUCAUGCAUGUUGGAAUUACUCGACACGGCAGGAAACGAACGAUUUGCCGACAGAAGAGACUUGCAUUUAAAACAAGGCGAAGGAUUUAUUCUAGUGUUUUCAAUUACUGACCAACGAUCGAUAAACGAAUUGGCUGCAUUGAGAGAACAAAUUUUAAGAGUAAAAAAUACCGAUAGGGUACCAAUGGUUCUAGUGGGAAACAAAUGUGACAUGGAAGAUGAUCGUGCGGUAACUCGCGAACAAGGCCGCGCGCUUUCUGAGGGAUGGGGCAACUGUGCGUUUUACGAAGCCUCGGCACGACAAAGAGCAAAUAUAGAUGAGAUCUUUUAUGACGUUAUACGACAGAUUAAUGCUCAAACGGCUGGGAAAGAAGGCGAGCGCCAUAGUAAAAGUAUCCGGAGAAAAGUUAAAGAACUGAGAUGUGGGUGUCGGGUACAGUGA